UACAGUCCAUGUCUGUACCAGGUAAUCUCUCAUGUGAAAAAAGAGGAGAGUAAAGUGUUGGAGGUUUGAGGAAGUGAGAGAACACUCGCUAUAAGAAGCCUUGCUCUCCACAGUGAGCAGUAGUUUGAGCUAUUAGACAGACAGAAAGACAGACAUACAGACAGACAGAUAUGGUUGCUUCUCCGUCAUACAAAGGUAAGGACUUUAAAUAAACAAGAUAAUAAAAACUAGCAAAGUUAUCAGUGGGUGUUUGUGUUUGAUGGCCUUAAAGUUAUUUAUUCAAAUCAAAAGGUGUAUAGUUUAAUAAACAUUACAUAACUGAAUGUUCUCUCUCACAGAUAUCUUUCCAAUCAAUGACAAAUGUAACAAAGUAACUUUCUCCUCAGAUUAUGGAAGAACAGAGUUCAGAGCUGGAGAUUGUGUCUCUCUAUCAUGCGGGGCUCAGAGUGACUGUUCCAUUAUUACCUGGCUGUUCAGUUACAACAAUGGAACGACUGUGGAAUUGGUUGUAGGAGGGAAGGUUAAGUCGGAAGACAAGAAAGAAAGACUACAUGUUACAAAGGAGUGUUCUCUGGAGGUAAAGAAGAUGAGAAAGGAAGAUGAAGGUCAUUACACUUGCAGAGAGUACCCAUCACCAAGAAGACAGGUUGAUCAUGCAUUGCAUGAAGUAAAACUAAUGACAAGCACAAACAGACCAACCCCAACCACAGUGAAAGCAAACACAAGCACAUCCAAACCAACCACUACACCAGUGAAAGGAGCAGCCAGCAGCAGCCCAGCAGCAAGGCCCUCAACAUCAACACCAACCACACACACACUGAACGGAGCAGCCAGCAGCAGCCCAACAUCAUGGCCCCCAUCAACACCAACACCACAUACACCAAACGCUCCUACAGCGGGGGUCCUGCUGCGGGUCCUGGUGCUGCUGGGCUUCUCCGUCCUGACCCUGGUGGUUCUGCUCCGCCUCAUUGGCUGGUGGAGAACCAGAGGUAACAGGGCGGCAACAGAAGAGUGCAUUGGUCUGAACUCUUCCAGCGACGCCCCGCCAGCCAGAGAACGCCUCGGCCCAGGGGCCAGUGACCAGCAGCAGCACACUGUGGAGAUGGACCUGGACUGGGCUCCCAGGGGCCCCUCUGUGGUCCAGCGUGGUGGGCAGAGGGCAGUAGGCUCAGCACAGGACCAAGUGGAUCCUGGUGAACUUAGCGAUGCUGCUAACUAUGAAAACCUGAGGGCCCCUCCCAGAUGUGCUGGGGACACUGCAGACACGGGCGUCCAUUUUGUCACCGUCCACCAACUGUCAAAAUGACAAACGUCUGGACAACACGUGAUGAAGCAGGGGGAAGCGGUCGGAGCUAUAGCUUGUUGUUGUUGUAUUCAGAUGCAUUAUAACCGACUGAGCAAACUUUGUUUCCCUUGGUCCUUAAACAAGCAUUUAGGCCUACACAACAAGCAGUAGGUCUACACUCGGUAGUCCUUAACACCAAUUGGGCUGUACAUACAUGAGAUGACAUUUAUACUCAACGAAAAUAAUGAAAUGAAUACAAAAUCCAUGAAGCAAUAAUUGCUGAAUGCGUCUUCUCAUAAAUGUAUGUGAUGGGAACAUGUUUUUCAAAUAAGCUAAUAUGUUGUCCUUGACAGGGCACCAGAGAUCAGAAUAUAUGAAAAAUAAUCAACGGACCAAUGAACACAAAAGUUUGUAGCCAUCCUUAUUGGUCAGGUUAAUUAUAUAAUAAUACGACUAUUUUAAAGCUCUUGCAUUUAAUUUUUUUCUUGUUCUACCAAACACCAUAUUCUGUUAUGCUUUAGAUAUGUAUGCUACAAAUGUAACUGAGAUGUACUUUCAACUGUGCAAUAAAAAUAUUCUGAU